AUGAGCAGCGCGCUGCAGUUUCGGCGACGCCUUCUGCCGUCUUCACAGGCAAAGGUGUUUGUGCUCCAGCGCAGUGACAUGCAAAGGAAAGAUGUCGUCAUCAUGGCACUGCGCACCCUGAGGCGGUGGGUGUCGUCUCUGCCACCACCUGCCGCGCCGCCGUCACCGCUGGCCCCCGCAGGUCACUUGAGUACUGACAGCGAGAGCGAUUCAGGCCGAACGCCUGCCACCUCGCACAGUGGUGUACAUAGUAUAAAUGCACACGUGGUAACACAGUUCUUCGCACCAGUAGAGUCAGGCUCGUGGAGAGCUCAGGGCCGUUUCGGUCACCGACGGCGACGACGUCACGGUGCCGCGACGUCGGGAAAGUCGAGCACCGAGUGCAUCGAGGCCGCCACGUCACGCAGCGCAUCCGGCGUCGAUGCUGCACUAGCUGUGAAUGACCCCGCUUGUAUGCGUGCAGAGCCGCCAUGCGCCUCACCGCUGCUACACACCAGUGCCAGAGAUGCGCACUCUGCCAUGUCGCCAGUGCAGCAGCGACUGUGCCAGCUCAUUGGCGCCGGGGCGUGGCGCGAAGCGUUGGAAGUGCUCCGCUGCCACGAGCAACAAAACCCCACCGCCACUCAUCAUGCGCAAGCGUCACGGCAGGCUUCGUCCGCAAGUGGUUUGCAUCUCCACAGAGCCAGUGCGCCGGCAGCCGCUGAGGACGCUGAUGAUUACGCGGUGAUUCCUUUCAUGUUUGUAUCGCUGCAGGAGGUGUCUGUUUGGCUGCUGUUGUGGUGCGGCCACGGAACGGCUGCGUGGCAUGUGUGGCGGCGCAUUAUGCAGGCUGUCUCUAUGCCGUCAUCACCGCGGUUGGCGCUGUUGCUCGCCCUUUUUACAUACGUUGUGGAGCGCGAUACGAUGCGCACGCGCGACAUGCUGCUUCUUUUAGAGAUGAUGAACAGCAGUGCCACCACUCCCCCGAGCGAGGUCAAAAUUGGGCAGAUGUGCGAGGAGAACCCUGCGCCGCCCUUGCGCGUAUGGCGACAUCUUUUCUGGCAAUGGUUGUGGUGCUGCAACGAGUGCACCGAUCCGAGCAAGAGUCCGUCGCAGGCCCACCGUCACUGUCUUGCUUCGUUCCUGGAAGGGGCAGUUGGGGAGCUGACGAAGUUCGCGUUCUGGAGUUCUGCGACUCCAGCGGGACAGCAUAUGGGCGCAAUGACAGAGUCAGUGGCGCUGCUUCUGCUAGCGCUCCGUGAUGUGUACAGCACAUCCGACGAGUGGCAGCGUCUGUUGAAGGAGGAGCUCACCACGGUCUGCGACGGUAAGCGAAAGAAAAUGAGCAGCAACAGCUGUCGCAGCGCAUCAGCGGUGUGGUGGGAGGGGAGUCAGGAGCAUCCACCGCUGCUAUCGCCUUCGGUGUGCGCGUUGAUGAGCGAGGUCGUCGAGUUUCUUCUCGUGGGCUCUUCCUCGACGGCGGACGACGUCCGAAGGGAUGAUGGCGAAAGAGCAGAUGAGCAAGGUCAUAUGCAGCUGCGGACGAUAUUCAGCAACGCAGCGCGGAACCUCAAGCGUCUUCGCGGUCACUGCAGCUCCGCCGUGCCAGAGAACGGUGGAGACGCGUUAGAAGCCUUCCGCAUGUGGCAUGAGCGGAUUGUGGAGAAUGAGGGCCUUGGUGGAACCUGGGAAGCACUGCGGCUGGCUAUGCGUUCGCCACCCGCGCAGUCAUGCCCUUUUCGCUUGGGCCAACCAACGACACCGGACGACGCAGCUGGCAUUUCACUGAAGUGGCUGCUGCAGCGCAUCGAUGAUGCCACGGCGCAAGGCGACUGGACCACAGCAUUGCGGCUCUGCUUGAACUACAGCUUUCCUGAAGGUCGUUCUUGCAGGGAGGACACGGAUAGCUCAGGUGUUGAGACACAGGACUUGGUGCUUGAAGCGGUGAAGGGCCCUUCUCGCUGCCACCCGUCAACGUCCACACCCCUGCCGGCGGAUCCAUUCUCGUUUUUUCAUCGACUUGGCAAGGGCCUCGUCGCGUGCGAGGUAGCCCGGCCAUCUGGUGCAUCGUGGCAGGGUGCCUUGGCUCUGUGGAACUUUGCCCGACAGUCUUCGCAUCAUCGCGCGGCGUGUGCAUCUCCAUCCGACAUCGCUGUCGUUGCAGUGACGAGGUCUGAACUGUUGCACAUCGGCCCCCGGCCGCCGGGGCCUGCACCGCCGUUGCUGUCGCUGAGCCGCGCACUUGGACGUAUUUUCUUCCUCCUCGCGUCGGCCGGGCGUUGGGCGGAGGCGCUGGGGUGCUUCCACGAGACCCCGGACGUCUACCUCGAUGGUUUCGUGGUGUCGCAGGUCGCGUACGCCCUGCGCGACUGUCCAUCACAAAGCAGGGCCGUUCUGGACUUGUGGGCCGCGUGGCGGUGCCGCGUAGGCGAUGCUGUGGAUCCGACAGAGAUGAUGACGUACAGGCUAUUGAACGCGAUGCUGCAUACGUCAGUCAAGGCAACUUCCCCAGUGGCCAGCUUGUCUUCCCCAUCUUAUCAGUCACCAGCCAUGGUCGCAGCGAAGGUGGCCACUGCGGUGCUCAUAGCCGCAGCGGACACGUCUCCUGCCGCGCCUUCCACGCUGGCGACGGAUGCGCGACACGCAGCCGUGACCCCUGGUACAGCGGUACCACUAGAUUGGUCUCGGAGGCGUUGCACUAUUCGCGGUGUUGUAGCGGAUCGCUGGGUGGGCAGCUGGGCUGACGCACUUCGUGUAGCACUCGCAAGCUGUGAUGUUUCUCUGCUAGUUCAGACUGUUCUGCGGUGUGCGCCGGCGGCGCAUUCACCAAAGUUGUACUCGGACGUGAGGCGGAUACUCCAGGAGAAGGGGGUCGUUCUGUCGCCCGCUGAGCGGGCAACCCUGCUGGCGCUAUGGGGCGAAGGGCGAAGGUCGAGGCUCAGCUGCGACAGUGGCGUGGGUGCUGGAAAGGGCACCUCUCCAGCUGGGGAGGCUGUGCCGUCAAACGGUGAGGGCGGCGGUGCCCGCCAGCAUGUCCUCGAAACAGAGGCCUUCCUCGACGAGCUGCUAGGGCUUGACUUGGCUUCUCGUAAGGAGGCGAAAGACUGA